ACCACGCUGCUAAACAGCGAGGGGAGGCUCAUGCUUCCCUAAUAUCCAUCACUCCCUGCUUCCAACGUGGUCACAGACAGAGCAACAAAGAGGGUCUGAGAGAUGGGAAAUUCUUACGCUGGUCAGCUCAAGACAACACGGUUUGAAGAAGUGUUGCAUAAUUCUAUUGAGGCCUCUCUCCGCUCAAACAACCUGGUUCCCAGACCAAUCUUUUCUCAGUUGUAUUUGGAAGCUGAACAGCAACUGUCAUCACUGGAAGCAGGCAGCAGAGCAGAUAAUGAGGAAGAAGAAGAAGAAGAGGAGGAAGAAGGAUCAGAAUCAAGUAGUCCUCCCGUUUCCUACCAGAUGAAGCCUCCUCCAGAAGGAUGUUGCACUACUGAUGGUUUCUGCCAGGCUGGUAAAGAUUUGAGACUGGUUUCAAUUUCCAAUGAACAUAUUGAGGUCCCAUCAGGGUUUUUACUUGUUGGUGCAAAGUCACCAAAUUUACCUGAUCACCUUUUAGUGUGUGCUGUGGAUAAAAGAUUCCUGCCAGAUGACAAUGGGCACAAUGCCCUGUUGGGCUUCUCUGGCAAUUGUGUUGGCUGUGGCAAGAAGGGUUUCUGCUACUUUACAGAAUUCUCAAAUCACAUUAAUCUUAAACUGACCACUCAGCCCAAGAAACAGAAACACUUAAAGUAUUAUCUGGUCAGGAAUGCGCAGGGAGCUCUGACCAAAGGAUCUGUAAUCUGCUGGAAAGGGGCAGAGUUCAGAGGCCGGCAGUCUUCAUCCAGCACCUGCUCAAGCACAUUGUUCCAGCUGCCAGAAAGUUCGGGCCUCUCGGGAAGCACCGCCAGUGAGCCGCUGCCUGCAGCAAACCCAGGUGCUCCAGCUGGGAUUCAGCAAACAGCUGCAGCCAUAGAUCACACCCCUUCAGCAGCAGCAUUCAGUUCAGCAGUUUAUAACGGCAAGGAAUCACCUAAGCAACAGUUGGUGAAAAAUAACCUGUCUGCUCUGACAAGACCUUCGGUGUUAGGCACUUUAACAAAUUCAGGGCCUCCAAAAAAGCGCCAUAAAGGUUGGUCACCGGAAUCUCCAUCAUCUACAGAAAACUGGAACUUGCAGCUCAACCCACAGGUUCCAAACAGAAUUAAAAAUGAUGGAGGAAGCCUAUCAUCUUUACCACAUUCUGCUUUGGUGGGGCCAGCCUCAUCUCCCAUGGUGGGCUCAGGAGAACCGGUCUCAGUUCCUGACAACUUGCUGAAAAUCUGUAAAGCAAAGCCAGUUAUUUUUAAAGGUCAUGGAAACUUCCCAUAUCUCUGUGGGAACAUUAAUGAUGUGAUAGUGAGUCCUUUGCUGUACACCUGUUACAGAAAUUCACAGUCUUUAUCUAGAGCAUAUGAACAAUAUGGUGCCUCCACAAUACAGCCUAUUUCAGAGGAAAUGCAACUCUUACUGACUGUCUACUACCUUGUUCAACUAGCCUCAGACCAGGUCCCUUUGAUUGAGGAUUUGGAACAAAUAUUCAUGCGUUCAUGGCGGGAAUCACACCUGUCUGAAAUCCGUCAGUACCAACAGGCUGUUCCACAGACCUUUCCUCAGGUGGCCAGCCAGAUCGCACCAGUGACUUCAGCCCAGCUGCCCUGGCUGGCGGGCCUCGCCGCCAGCUCCUGUAACGAUAGUGUCCAUAUCAUUGAGUGCAGCUACUCGCUGGCUGAAGGGCUUUCGGAAAUGUUUAAGCUACUCAUUGAAGGGAAAUUAAUAAAGACAAACUACGUGGUGAUCAUAUGUGCCAGUAGAAAUCGAGCCAUUGAUUCCUGCAUUGUGAUAACAGGAAAGUAUCAGGCAAGAGUUCUGUCUGAGAGCAUGCUCACUCCUUCAGACUACCAAAAAGAAGUUAACUAUCAGCUGGUCACAGGGAAAGUGGAAACUCUGGGGUCCUUCUUUAGCACACUCUGCCCAGAGGGUGACAUUGAUCUUUUGCUGGAGAAAUUUUAUCAGGAAAACCAAGGGCACAUAUCUUCAUCACUUUCUGCUUCAGUGAAUAAACCAACAGCACUGAAUGGAACUGGAACGACUGCAUGUACAAGUUAUGAGAUUGAACGACAUCAGAUUCGUCCAUUCCAGCUAGCAGUGGCUCAGAAAUUGCUGUCUCAUAUUUGCUCAAUUGCUGACUCCAGCACUCAAAAUCUUGAUUUGGGUUCCUUUGAGAAAAUUGAUUUCUUGAUUUGUGUUCCACCCUCCGAAGUGACUUAUCAGCAGACUUUGUUUCAUCUCUGGCACUCAGGUAUUUUAUUAGAACUUGGAUUAGAAAAGGAACAUCUUACAAAGCAGAGGGUGGAACAGUAUGUUAUGAAACUAGAUGCAGAGGCCCAGAUGAAAUUCAAAGUAUUUUUACAAAACUCUAUGCAGAAUCCACAUACACUGUUUGUGUUAAUCCAUGAUCACGCACACUGGGAUCUAAUGAGUGCUAUGCAUAGCCUUUAUCCUCAAACAGAACUGUCUACAGGAGUUGUUGAUAGACUGUUGAACUGCAGGGAGGUGAAAGAGGCGCCAAAUAUUGUGACCCUCCAUGUGACUUCCUUCCCCUAUGCGCUGCAGACACAGCAUACUCAUAUCAGCCCUUACAAUGAGAUCCACUGGCCUUCUUCAUACAGCAAUGGUGUAGAUUUAUACCAUGAAAACAAGAAAUACUUUGGACUGUCAGAAUUCAUUGAGUCCACCCUCUCUGGACAUAGUAUUCCACUCCUUCGGUAUGACAGCUCAUUUGAAGCAAUGGUCAUGGCUUUGGGAAAAAGGUUCCCCAGAUUACACAGUGCAGUGAUAAGGACUUUUGUCCUCAUACAACACUACUCUGCAGCUAUGAUGGCAGUGUGUGGUCUUUCUCAGAUGAAGAAUUACACCUCAGUUGAAACUCUGGAAAUCACCCAAAACCUAAUAAACUCUUCAAGACAAUGUCCUAGUGGUCAUGGCCUCAUGGUAGUGUUGAGAAUUCCAUGUACUCCGCUGGCUGCAGUGGCAUAUGAACGUCUGUAUAAUGUAAGGGAAAGACUAGCUCUUGAAGAUAACUUUGAAAUAAUCUUGGGAAAUCCUAAUUCUGGAAUCACAAUAGGGAAGCACUUUGUGGAGCAACUAAAGGUCUGGCAGAAAAUUGAAGAUGUAGAUUGGAGGCCACAGACUUACUUGGAACUGGAAGGUUUGCCUUGUAUAUUGAUAUUUAGUGGUAUGGAUCCACAAGGGGAGUCUUUGCCACGAUCACUGAGAUACUGUGACCUACGUUUAAUAAAUUCAUCUUCUUUGGUAAGGACAACCUUGGAGCAAGAACUUGGUUUGGCAGCAUACUUUGUGAGCUCAGAAAUUCACACAGAAAAAGCAGUUGUGAAUGAUGUGUUAGAAAGUGACCCAGAGAAACUAAGCAGCACUGAUAAUGAAGAUGAAGAAAUAGCGACGGAAGGUUCUACUUCAGAAAAGAGAAGUCCUAUGAAAAGAGAAAGAUCUCGUUCCCAUGACUCUGCAUCUUCAUCUCUCUCUUCAAAAGCUUCCAUUACAGCAUUCUGCAGUGAGUCAUCUCCUCCUUUAAUAGCAUCAGGGGAUACAGCAAAAUCCCCCCACCAAGUCCUAAGCAACAGCACUGAAGAAAAUACAAAUAACUAUGAAAGGCAGAAGCAGAAAGUAGACAAGGGGGCACAAACAACAAUCAGCAAACACUUGCCACUGGUAACUGAACAGCUGGAUAUUAAACAAAACAUUAAAAGUGCCCAAAUUUCCAUCACCUCAUCAUCCUCCUCACCUUUCUCCUCCUCUUCUUCCUCCUCUGCACCUACUCAUAACUCCUUCAUCCUACAGACCUCUCAGUGCUCCAUGACCAAAGCAUCAAAACAGCCUCCUAUAGUUUUCCUGCCCAAACUGGUUUAUGACAUUAUUACUUCUACGGACAGCAGUGGACUUCCCAAAUCUUCUUCACUCUUGCCUUAUCAUUCUGUUAUGUGGGCAAGUUCUUUUCGUCCUCUUAUGAGUAAGAUGAUGACUUGCACGGAGCAGUCUCUAUACUACCGCCAAUGGACGGUUCCCAAGCCAAUCCAUAUGGACUACAACAAUAGAAAUGAGGGCAGAAUGGACACCUUUCAUCCAAGAAGGCUGCUGCUGAGUGGGCCACCACAGAUAGGAAAAACAGGUGCUUAUCUGCAGUUCCUCAGUAUUUUGUCCCGAAUGCUGAUUAGACUGACAGAAGUGGAUGUUUAUGAUGAGGAAGAAAUCAACAUUAACAUAAAAGAAGAAUCUGAUCAAUACUACCAUCAACCUGGAGAUACGUGGCCAGAUUUGGAGACAUUUAAGAAGAUGCCUUUUGACUACACUAUCCAUGACCCUAAAUAUGAAGAUGCAAGCCUGAUUUGUUCAAAACUUCAAACUAUAAAUAGUGAAGGACAGAAGGAGUAUCAAAGCAAUUACAGCCUAGUGAGCCUACCCUCAGUCCCCAAAACAAUUAUGGAACAAACUCUCCUACAGGAUGAUAUGUAUACACGCCGGCAAACAACUAGGAUGAGAUUGUCCAAGUAUGCAGCAUAUAACACCUACCAUCACUGUGAACAGUGUCAUCAGUAUAUGGGUUUCAAUCCCAGGUACCAGCUUUAUGAAUCUACUCUGCAUGCAUUUGCCUUUUCCUAUUCUAUGCUGGGAGAAGAAAUCCAGCUGCAUUUUAUCAUUCCAAAGUCAAAGGAGCAUCAUUUUGUCUUUAGUCAACCAGGAAGACAAUUGGAAAGCAUGAGGCUACCACUAGUCACAGAUAAGAGUGAGGAUUACAUAAAAAGCCCUACUUUUACUCCCACCACUGGUCGUCAUGAACACGGACUUUUCAAUUUAUAUCAUGCAAUGGAUGGAGCCAGUCAUUUGCAUGUUUUAGUUGUCAAGGAAUAUGAAAUGGCCAUAUAUAAGAAGUAUUGGCCCAACCACAUCAUGCUUGUUCUUCCAAGCAUUUUCAACAGUGCAGGAGUAGGUGCUGCACACUUCCUGAUAAAAGAAUUGUCUUAUCAUAACUUGGAGCUUGAACGAAAUCGGCAAGAGGAGCUGGGGAUAAAACCCCAGGAUAUUUGGCCUUUCAUUGUCAUUUCAGAUGACUCCUGUGUUAUGUGGAAUGCAGUAGAAGUUGAUUGUUCAGGAGACAGGAAAAGUGACUAUACAUGGACUGAAAGGAAUGUUUCCUUGAAGCAAAUUCUGCAACAUAUUGAAGCAACUCCUAAUGUCACUCACUAUGCCUUAAUUGGGAUGAGGAAAUGGUCUAGUAAAACAAACAGAGCCGAGAUCAAGGAGCCAUUCUCCUGCUGCCACGUGCAUGAUUUCAUUAUGCUGAAUGUUGAUCUGACACAGAAUGUACAGUACAAUCAGAACAGAUUUACAUGUGAUGAUGUUGACUUCAACUUGCGUGUCCACAGUGCUGGCCUUCUCAUCUGUCGUUUCAAUCACUUCAGUGCCAUGAAAAAGCAAAUUGCAGUAGGAGGACAGCGAUCCUUCCACAUUAAGUCUAAGGUAUCUGACACUCCAGUUUCAAUCUCCCCUGCUCAGUACAUUUGUGCUCCUGACAGCAAGCAUACCUUCUUGGCAGCACCUGCUCAGUUGCUCCUUGAAAAAUACCUCCAGUAUCACAGCCAUCGCUUCUUCCCUCUCUCACUGAAGAAUUAUAGCCAUCCAGUGCUAUCUGUGGACUGUUACCUUAACUUAGGACCACAGAUUGCAGUUUGCUAUGUGAGUUCUCGGCCUCACUCUCUGAAUAUCAGUUCCUCUGGUUUGACAUUCAGUGGUCUCCUGCUAUACCUCUGUGACUCCUUUGUUGUAGCCAGCUUUUUGAAGAAGUUUCAUUUUCUUAAAGGUGCCACCCUGUGUGUGAUUUGUCAAGAUCGCAAUUCUCUUCGCCAGACUGUUGUCCGACUAGAGCUGGAAGAUGAAUGGCAGUUCCGACUGCGGGACGAAUUCCAGACUGCCAAUGCAAAAGAGGACAGACCACUUUUCUUCCUGACUGGACGACAUAUUUAACUAAAAAGAGACACAUCCUGAAUUAUACAAGAGACUGAUUGUCACCAUCUCAUUAAAUGACUUCUGAGACUCUCUGGUUUCUGAACAGAAGCAGGACCGUUUGUCGUUGUUUAUUCGAAUGAAAUCUAAUCAAACUAUUUAUGCGCAUAUUUCCAAACUUUGAAGUGACUUUUCUAAUUUAAUUUUCUGAUGGAAGUCAUUCCUAAUUCUUGGGAGAGAUGCAAAAGCUUACUACUCCCCAUGGCAGAAAUAAUUUUGGAUCAGAAGGGAGGUCAAUGGGUGCAUUUCUUCUGUGACAAAAAACCCCACAUCCAAGUUCAUAAGCAAGAAUUUUAGAAAACUUUUGGUACAUUCCAGAAAUAGGAAAUGUAAAUUUAGGAGCAUAUUUGAUUUUACAAGUCUUAUUUAUCUAACAGUUGGCACAAGGCAACGGGAAUUGUUACAGUUUUGUAGUAUACUGCUACUGAUUGAUCCAGGUAGGCUUUUAUAUGAAGAUUUGUAAAGUAUAUUUCUUGAAUAGUGAGAACUCAGUUGGAACAUGAAUUUUUGGAACAGGUGCCAUACAGGAUAGUUUAACCAUACAGGACUCUUGAGAUAGAAGCAUAAUUAUAAGUCUGGUUUUAUUAGCAUAAAGAAGAGAGUCAAGAAAGUAGAUAUUAAAAUGAGAUCUGAAUAUUUAAACCUGAAACUGAAAUUUCCUUGUGUAAUUGAAGAGAUCAAAUGGUGAGACUGACCUGCAAGUGACUUACUUAUUCCAUCUAGAAUAGUGAUGUUUUCUGAUUUCUGAUUAAAUUGUUGCACUGACUGCAGAUUUCAAGCUGGGACCAGUGCAUUCAGGACAGCAGAUGAGACAGUUCUGAAACACUCCCAAUACACUUUCUGGGGAUAUUUUCUUGCCAAGGUGCUUCAAAAGAGUGAGAAAAUGGAGACUACAUUUCUGAGGAAUUCAGGUAGAAAUCUAAAAAUAUGUUCUAGAAUGGCACCAGGCGUCACAAUAUUUUGUACACUCUAAAUGUGAAGUCAGUGAGUGACCACAGUCUUUGUCUAGGUUUUUGGAAACACUCCAAGUUGCAAACUUCCUGUUUGUCUUUAUAGAAUCAGUGUUGACUUCACUCAGUCCAGGUGCAGGAAGGAUGAGUACAGACAUUGUCAGAAGACCUCUAAUAUUUGGACAGUCUUUUCUUGCUGGAUACACCAAAGGGAAUAUCAUUGAUUUUAUACUGAUAAAAUGCCAUUAGGUGGCUGAGUCCAAUACAGUACUGGCCUUGAAAUGCAGAUAUCAGUGUGACUAUGCCAAAGAGCUAAUUUAGGUUAAUUUACAGGGAAAAGGUAAGUUCUGUAAGUCUGAGAGACUUAGAUCUCUAUUUAUAAGGUAACUUCUAGAAAUCAGUGUAUUUCUAUAUUUCAUUGUCCUUGUUUCAGAGUGUGAAUUCACUUUAAGUUUUGGGAAGGAAGGCGAGCAUUGUCAUAUGUAAAUAGUACUACCUGUUCAGUUUUCACCAGUUGAUAAGUUAAUUUAAUCUUUUUUAAAGAAAUGUGACAGUCAUGUCUAAUCCAUCCUUUAUAAAUAAAGUUCAUGCUGCAUGGACAUCUGUCUUUGUGAUGUACAGGACCAUGAAGUAUGCUUUUGUAGGGGGGAAAAAAAAAAGAAAAGGAUUGGCAGAAAGGAGUUAAUAUAAUUAAGGAAUGCCUUGAACUGAUCAAGAGAAAGUAUAGUACUGCUUAAUGGCCUAAAGCAUAACGCAGCCUCAAAGGCAUGAGUUUUUACAAGAACUCAGAACUAAAGAUGGCGUUUGAUACCUCCUUUCCUGUAACCAAAUACUUAAACAACUUUUACCAAGUGUCUGUUAAUGUUUCCUGUGUUUUAGAUCUGAGAUUUGCUUUGCGAGUCUUUAGAUGUCCAUUUUCUUCAAGAAAAUGAAAA